ACAAAUUUAUUGCAGGAAAGUUGGAACAAGAUUUCCUCUGAGAAUCGAUCAAUCCAAAACCUGAAAGCUAGUUUUGAGAGUUGUGUGCGUUCUGAAGCGGUGUUGCUUGCUACCUUUACUUUCACAUAGUUGAUAGAAAGGAAGGGAUUAUUCACAUGGCGACAUCGUUGUCAAGCAUCCUUCUCAAGGGAAUCGCAGCUCGUUCUUUCACCAAACCUGUAACCAGCUCCUCUUAUUAUGGAAUGAGAUAUUUCACUAAGGUGUCAAAUGAUCCUGAUACCCAUGAUGACUUCAAGCCAGCUAAUAAAAUUGAGAAUUCAAAUAUUUCUUUAGCCGAUGUUGUUGAGCAGGAUGUCAAGGAUAAUCCUGUUAUGAUUUAUAUGAAAGGUGUACCUGAUUUUCCACAGUGUGGAUUUAGUUCUCUUGCAGUUAGAGUGUUAAAACACUACGAUGUUCCUUUAAGUGCUAGAAACAUUUUGGAGGAUGCUGAACUGAAAAGUGCGGUAAAAGCUUUCAGUAAUUGGCCAACAUUUCCACAAGUUUUCAUUAAGGGGGAGUUUGUUGGUGGAUCAGAUAUUAUUCUUAAUAUGCAUCAGGUUAAUUCCCUUUUCCAGAGUUUUGAUCUCUUUUUUAACUUGUUAUUUUGAACUCGUGUUUAUUAAUAUUUUACAUGAUGUAGACGGGUGAAUUGAAGGAAAAGCUUAAAGAUAUUACGUCCAAGCAGUAAAGGGAAGGGACAAGUGAGAUGAUGAUAUUUAAGAGAGUGAGGUAGUUUAGACAAACGUAUUUGAUGUAAUCUGUUUCCGUUGUUGAAAGAUGACAUUCGUGACUUCUUUAUUUCGGGUUUUCUGGAUAGUACGGAGUUAAUUUUGAUAAAUAAAGAAUUGUGUGUUAAGGUAUUCCCUUAAUUUGUGUGUAACUUGGUUUAAUGUUGAGAUGUUGUAUAUGAAAUAGGAGUCGAGACCUAACUUUUUAUUCAGAUGAAAUUGGAAUAAUAUGGUAGAAACCUAUGUAUUUUCUUUGUUAAAAGAUAGGGAUCAUCAUUCUCGCUCACGGCAAAUACAAAACAAAGGAUGGAAGAUGGCAGAAUAUAUGGAACCUUCCUUAACAAAGGCUGCUGAACCUCUCUAGUCCUCUCCUCUUUCUUUCAUUCUACAUUUCACUCGCAACCUGCCACAUGCAGAGGAACUUAAGUAACUAUCCUAUUCAAUAUUCAUGACGUGAUUUGUAUCUCAUCCUAACUAAUUCAACUCGUUCGCUCUUUAUUUGAUGACGUUAUGAUGAUGCGAGUCAAAAUUGUAAUCUAAGCUUGUAGCCCCAACAACAGUUUUGCUUUGGUUAUGUUAUUUCGUUUGG